UCGCGGGGACGCGGCGGGGCGGGGGGAGGAGGCGAGCCGUGAAGAUGGCGGCAGUGGUGGAGGUGGAGGUUGGAGGUGUCGCGGGGGAACGGGAGCUGGAUGAGGUUGAUAUGUCAGACCUUUCCCCAGAGGAGCAAUGGAGGGUCGAGCAUGCACGCAUGCAUGCCAAGCACCGCGGCCACGAAGCCAUGCACGCAGAAAUGGUACUCAUCCUUAUUGCCACCCUGGUGGUGGCCCAGCUGCUCCUGGUGCAGUGGAAACAGAGGCAUCCACGAUCUUAUAAUAUGGUGACCCUCUUUCAGAUGUGGGUUGUCCCCCUCUAUUUCACAGUGAAGCUGCGCUGGUGGAGGUUCCUAGUGAUCUGGAGCUUCUUCUCUGCUGUCACAGCCUUUGUCACCUUCCGAGCCACACGGAAACCUCUGGUACAAACAACCCCAAGGUUGGUGUAUAAAUGGUUCCUGCUGAUCUAUAAAAUCAGCUAUGCCACUGGCAUCGUUGGCUACAUGGCUGUUAUGUUUACCCUCUUUGGUCUUAAUUUAUUAUUUAAGAUCAAACCCGAAGACGCCAUGGACUUUGGCAUUUCUUUACUCUUCUAUGGCCUUUACUAUGGAGUUCUUGAGCGGGACUUUGCCGAAAUGUGUGCUGACUACAUGGCAUCUACCAUAGGGUUCUACAGUGAGUCCGGCAUGCCUACCAAGCACCUUUCAGACAGCGUGUGUGCAGUGUGUGGGCAGCAGAUCUUCGUGGACGUCAGUGAGGAGGGCAUCAUUGAGAACACGUACAGGCUCUCCUGCAACCAUGUGUUCCACGAGUUCUGCAUCCGUGGCUGGUGCAUUGUAGGAAAGAAGCAGACGUGCCCCUACUGCAAAGAGAAGGUGGACCUCAAGAGGAUGUUCAGCAACCCCUGGGAAAGGCCUCACGUCAUGUAUGGGCAGCUGCUGGAUUGGCUUCGAUACCUGGUAGCCUGGCAACCUGUCAUCAUUGGCCUGGUGCAAGGCAUCAACUACAUCCUCGGCCUGGAGUAGCUGGGAUGGACUUCAGUGGAGAACCCACCCACCCACCACGGACCUCAGGGCACUCUCCUCCCUGCCUACAAGACUUCCUGGGUGGGAAAGACUCAAAGGGGCACUUGGGCCACUCAGGACCCGUCCGGCGGUGUCUGGGCUGGGGAGGGGUACAAUGGAGAGCCAGCUGGGGGCUGUUAGCAGUGGGAGGCUUUUUAAAAGAAAACUAUUUUGAUGAAUAUAUUUAAAAACAAUUUUUUUAUUGUGGCGCAUAGGAGUGCCCCUCCCUCCGUCUCCCCCUCCGUGCUUGGACCGGGUGGGAGCAGGACCGCAGAGCAUUCUCGCCCUGGCUGAGAGCACUGUGGGUUCACAGGUGGCAGAGAGCCCCAGCUUCCCAGAGCUCGUCGCUUCCCUUGGUGGGGCCUGCGGCCAGUCCACUGAGGGAAGGUGUUGGACAGCUCGGACAGGGCUCAGACACCAAGGGCUGUUCCUGCUGCGCCCCUGGACUGCAGCAUAGCUGUUCUCUGCCUGCAUACCUGUGUCCAGCAGUAAAAGGCGCUGGAGGCAAGUGGGGCCUCAUCAGUGACUUCUACCCAGGGAAGCCCCUGGCCCCAGAAUCUGCUGCAGAUGCUUCAGGACGGUGGGCACACCCAGCGGCGUGGAUCCCGUGCCCUAGCAGGACUGUAGGCAACCGGCAGUAGGGGUCCUUGACCCAUGCUGACACUGGCUGCAGUGAUGGAGGGGCCUCUUGCAACCUGAGCCUUGAGCCAGGAAGUGGUGACAUGUGCCAAAGGCCACUCCACCACAGCACGCACUUCCUGAAAGGCUGAGUGAGUGUGUGUGUGUGUGUGUGUGUGUGUGUGAGAGAGAGAGUGUGUGCUCAGCAGAGACUGCAGAGGGAUUUCUCAUUGUUGGGGGGGCUCUUCAGGGGAUUCCCAGCCCAGGGAAUGUUCUGUGUGAGUUCCAUCACUCUGGGGACUUGCCUGGGUCGGACAAUGGCAAUGGUAGGUGGUGGGCAGAAGGGUGAGGUGGGCCAGGGGCCCAGAAAGGGGCCGCCAAGCCAGCCAGGCCUGCUUUUUGGAGUUCUGGAGAAAGUGGGAGGGCAGAUGUGUGCUUUGAGUAUGGGGUGCCUGUGGCCCCUCAAAGGGCGGCAGGAACUGAGCAAGAUCUUGUCACUUUGGUCUGAAUAAAGCUCCAUGAGCUGGGUGGAAAGCUGGA